AUGAUGCCAUCCGCUCGAACACCACCUACCUCUGAUCAGUACUCAUCUCUUCAUGAGGUGCCUUCCCCCCCGCCUCAGAUUCAAGUUCCCGUAGCAGGCCCCGGUUUAAAUGCCUCUAUCGAUGAAAUGCACCGUGUUCAUGAUAUCGAACACGAAUCACAAGACAGGACCAAUCCCACUAAUAAUACGCACGAACGCCGGCAUAUUCAACCUAUAUCUCAUAGCGACAAUGCAGGUGUUUCCGAUCCCUGGAGUCCUAGUUACCAACGAAACCCAAAUCGAUUCUCCCUCGGGGCGAGUUCUGGAAAGCUUACCGUGGCUACAUCAUAUGUCAGCGGAAACAGCGAACCCUCACACCCGCGGGGCCCAUUAUAUGCACACCAUCGACAUCGCUCCGCUUCACCCGAUGCACCCGUUCGUAUUCGACGCAAAGCUCCUGGACUCUCCAAUUUCUUUCGCAAGCUAAAUGGGGAGCGUGUACGUGAGCGCGGUCACAAAGUACCCGGAUUUUGGCAAAGCCUGAAGGCUAUCAUGUUGUGUAGCUGGUUGAACAUUUUACUAGUGUUCCUUCCUUUUUCAUGGAUCGCAGCUCUAGCCAAGUGGGAAGAGGUUUAUACCUUUAUUCUGUCAUUCAUUGCGAUUAUUCCACUCGAAAACUUAUCCGAGUACGGUGGAGAACAAUUGGCGCUCUACUGCGGGGAAAGUAUCGGUGACCUCAUUGUGAUUACGCUUCACAACACCGUCGAAGCCGUACUCGCUAUCGUUCUUUUAGUCAAGUGUGAACUCAAGCUGCUUCAAUCAACAGUGAUCGGUGUGGUUUUGCUUCACUGUCUACUCGUCCCUGGAGUCGCGUUCUUGACGGACGGAACCAAAUUAUGGGCUCAGCAGCUCAAGCCACGAAUAACCGAGCUCAAUCAAAGUUUGCUGACAAUUGGAGUCUUAUCCCUUGUCGUGCCGACUGCCUUCUUCUCUGCCCUCCCAUACGAACAUCCCGAACAAUACGCCCCUCAAUUUAUCAACGAAACGCGCAUAGCGACCCGUCCAGGCUCGGCACCAACGCGCAGAGAUCUAUUGUCCACCAACCUGCUUGAUUUGAACAAGCGCGUGCUGUUCACACCUCCUACGCACAACGCUUCUAUUUACGCCAUUCAAGUUGCAUCGACCGUUGACGCGGUGUCAGACUUGACUCGGGACUGGUUGUUACGGCUAUCAAGAGGUAUCUCUAUUAUACUUCUUCUCGUUUACGUUGGCUCAAGAAUUUAUCUCCAUAAUCCACCCGGUGAACACAUUGUUGUCGAAACUGUUCAUACUACGGCCGAAGAUGACCAUGUUGAGAAAGGCCAUGCAGUUGUCUAUAGUGAACUCACGCCUCGCGACCCUUUCAAUCCCAUGCAUACAUUCAAACGACCGUUCAGGAAGCCACAUUCAAAGGAAGAUAUGGAAGAGGAUCGUGAGCGGUUAAUUUCACAGGUCGAGCACGAGCAUGGCGCUUCAGAGUUUAUUGAUGAAGGAAGUAACAAACACCAACAUCCUCCCGAAGUAAAUCCUUGGGUCGCAAUACUGUUAUUAAUAAUCAUAAUUGGGCUAUUGAGCAUUACUGCUGAAUGGUGGUUCGGAUUAAUAUUACUUCCCCUAAUUUCUUUUGCUGGGGACGGACUCAAUACACUCAUGUUCUUUAUCCGUUCAAACCUCAUGAAGAUGGACGUCCGUUGGCCGAAUGACCUUGCGAAGGCAAAAUCCAUUGAUCUCAGUGUUCAGUUCACUCUUUUUUGGAUCCCAGUGCUAAUUUUGGUUGCAUGGGCACUGGAAAAACCACUCACGCUACUCUUUGACCAUUUCGAAAUCGUAGUCGUAGUCGGAGCCUCGUUCCUCGUCAAUUCGAUCACCCAAGACGGACGGACGAACUGGUCUGAAGGCCUGAUUAUGGUCGGAUUUUACGUUAUCAUUGCAUUGGCAGCGUGGUACUAUCCAGGCCAUGCUGAGGCCCAUUUCUUGCUUCAAUGCAAGUCGAUGCAAGAGUUAUUAUCGAACCCGCCAUUCUGA